CUAGGACCCAGCAGCUGACUUCGCCCUGUUCCCCAACGGAUCUACACUCGAUACUCUGAGGAGCUCGUGGCUGAGAGCUCAGUGAGAGUCGCGGACUCGCCACGCUUAGAACGGGGCAACACCAUGGAAAGUGACUCGGUUUUAGAUGAGCUGAUACCUGAGCUUAGUACCCUGCUAAAACUUCUCGAUCAAGAGAACCUGAGCAGCUCCACAAAAGAGAAGAAGAGCACUGUGAGCAGCAUCCUGCAAAGACUGAAGCCGACUUCAGCAAACAAACUUAGUUACAUGUACAUGAACACAGCUGCCUACCGGAAUGGGACAAGCUUUGUAGAGUCUUUGUUUGAGGAGUUUGGUGAUUGUGACCUUCAUGACCUUAAAGAUACAACAGAGGGGAAUGAAGAGGUUGAAGAGGUAGAGACAGUCACUGAUACAUCAUCACCCAAAAGUAACACUGUGGACUAUGCACCUCCUCUACCCACGACACCCCCUCCUGAGGAUUACUAUGAAGAGGCUGUACCCCUUAGUCCAGGUGAAGCACCUGAGUACAUUACUUCCAGAAACAGCUGCAGCCCACCCAACUCCAGUGAGGAUGGAUACUAUGAAGAUGCAGACAGCAACUAUCCCAUAACCCAAAUGAAUGGAGAACAGAAAAACUCAUAUAAUGACUCAGAUGGAAUGAGCAGCUCUUAUGAGUCAUAUGAUGAAGAUGAUGAUGAUGUGAAAGGCCAGAGAAGGACAUACCAAUGGCCAUCUGAAGAGAACUCCAUGGGUCUGGUAAAGGAGUGCCGCAUCUGUGCUUUCCUGCUUAGAAAAAAGCGUUUUGGACAAUGGGCCAAACAGUUCGCUGUUAUCCGGGACAACAAGCUGCUGUGCUACAAGAGCAUCAAGGAUCACUCACCACACACUGAGAUGCCCCUUUGCACAUGCAAUGUGAUCUAUGUCCCAAAAGAUGGCCGACGAAAGAAACAUGAGCUACGCUUUGCCUUGCCAGGAGCAGAGGCCUUGGUGCUUGCAGUACAGAGCAAAGAACAAGCUGAGGAAUGGCUGAAGGUCAUCCGAGAAGUUAGUAGUCAGUGCAAUGGGGCAUUUGCUGUUGAAGGAUCCACUUCACCAAUAAUUCUACGUAAACUGGAAUUGGAAAAGAGGCUAUCACAGGAAAAGCAGACCUCAGAUUCAGACAGUGUGGCCACAGCAGACAAUGGGAGUGUGGCCAAUGGAAAAGACAGCCGGGAGCAGACUAAGGGAAAGAAAGGAAGUCUGGCAGAGCUGAAGGGAUCCGUAAGCCGGGCAGCAGGAAAGAAAAUUACCAGAAUCAUCAGCUUUUCAAAGAAGAAACCAGUGGCACCAGAAGAUCCCCCGAGUGAGGACAUUCCCUGCAGCGGAUAUCUGAAUGUGUUGGUUAAUCAGUGCUGGAAGGAACGCUGGUGCCGCCUGCAGAGGAAUACACUUUACUUCCACAAGGACCCCACUGAUCUGCGUACUCGCAUCAAUGCCGUUACACUGAAGGGAUGUGAGGUGGUUCCAGGCCUUGGUCCCAAGCACCCAUUUGCUUUUCGGCUUCUUCGUCAUGGCAAUGAGGUGGCAGCUUUAGAGGCUGCUUCUUCCGAGGAGAUGGGGCGCUGGCUGGGACUGAUCCUGGCGCAGACAGGAUCCUCCACCGAUCCAGAAUCUUUGCACUAUGACUAUGUUGAUGUGGACACAAUAGCCAACAUUGUGAAUGCCGUAAGGCAUUCCUUCAUGUGGGCCACUUCUUCUUACAGUUCAAGAGGGCCCUCCGAUGGCAGGACCUAUGAUGAGGUUUCCAUUGAAGAGGACCAGGUAUCAGGACCCAAGUGCUCCGCUGCAAACCAAGUCAAGCGACAUUCAUCCUUCUCCAGUAAAGCAUCACAGAAGAUUGACCCCCAGGUCACAAUCAAGCGUCACGCAUCAAAUGCAAACCAGUACAAAUAUGGGAAAAAUAGGGCAGAGGAAGAUGCCAGGAGGUAUUUGUUGGAGAAAGAGAAAUUGGAAAGACAGAAAGAAGAGAUCAGGAAUGAACUGUCUGUGCUGAGAAGGCAGAAGAAAGAGAAGAAAGACGCUCUGAAAAAUUGUACAGGGAAAAUGAGGAAUUUUCUAGACGAUCAGAUAACAAAGCUGGAAGAGGCCUGCAAAGAGAGGGAACGUGAGCGUGUGGACCUGGAGCUAAAACUGAGCGAGGUGAAGGAGAACCUGAAAAAGUCACUGGCUGGAGGAUCUGUUAGUGCUUCAAGUGAGAUGAAGCAGCAUAAACAAGUUUCCGGAAGUAACACUACCAGUGCCUAUGCAGAUUCACAGAUUCCAGUAAACUGUGCAUCAGAAAUGAGGAAACGCACAUCAUCCCUCUCUAAUGCUGUCAAGGGCACCGUCAUGCAGAAGGCUAAGGAAUGGGAGACCAAGAAAGGAACUUAAAUGAGUCAUACUUCUUCAAAAUGGACUGUUGUAUAGUAAGUUGCUGCUGAAAGGGAAGAAUCCUUUUGCCUAUGCUCCACUGGGAAUCAAACAGACUGCCAAAAGAUUUUUUCCCAAAAAAAAGGAAAAUUAUCUUUUCCAUGUUAGGUUGCAGUUUAUCAUUUUUGUUAGAGAAAUGGUUUAAACUGUUCAAGUCAAUGUGCCAGAGGAAAAGAAAAAGUGUUGUUCAGUAAAUUGCUAGGAACAAGUUUGCAGGACAUGUAGUACAGUACAAACCUCCUCCUUAUUUAUAUCAGGCAGGCAGAAUUUUCCUGUCAACAUCAGAAAACUGAGCCGGAAAUUGCAACUGAAGAGGAAGUGGAUUCUUCACUCUGACCUCAAACAGGAUGCACAAUUUCUCCUUUGAUCCCAGGCAAGUGGCUCUUCUUACUGCAGAGUGGUGAAUAUGUGUCCUGUUCUUUAUUGGGAUCAUACACAACUCUAAAGACUUUCUGCUAGAUGUCACAUACACCGGAUCCUGUUGACAGUUUUUCACUGUGAAUCAGAGAGGAAGGUAAAGUGACUUGGCAUGAUGUUUACUCUCUGAUGAUCCUUUUUUCCAGUCACGCUUUUGUAAAGAGUUUUCCACAUUGCUGUCUGAGCUGUAGUGAAGAGUCUUAAUUGGCUUGUAAUGGGGCACACUGCUAGUCACGUACACCAGGGGUUUACAGAGAGCCAGACCUGUGCCUGGUCUGUGAGAAGCACUUUGUCAUAAUGGUCACUGUGACGGACAAUGCAUCAAAUAAACCUUCACAGACUGGAACACUUGACACACAGUAUUCACAAAGUUAUGUUUUAUAGUACAGCAUAUUCUAGUCUGUUCCUAGUCAUUGGAGAGGGGCCCAUUUGAGGGAAAUGCAAAUCUACAAAGUGGGUUUCCUGUGUGGAAAGAGGAAAUGAUCCACAGAAUAAGGAAAGAGAUGUCAUAGGUCAGGAGAGGGAGAUUAUCUGUGACUGUUCUGACACAGGGUAAGAUUGAAAUCAGUAGAUAGUAGGGUUUCCUUUGAGUAUUUGGCACAAAGAAUGUUUUACACUGUUUUGCCGGAGAGAGUGCCGCUGUGAGAUGGCAGCCUAGGGUCAAAGAAAUGGGACAGUGCAUCACAAGAGCUUGGGAAGUAAAGGAGAAUCUGACCUACAAUUUAACAGCAAAGGGGACUACCAUCUGAGGUGGGUAAGGUCUCUGUCAUUUUCCUGGGGCUGUUCUAUUAGUACCUGCCCAGAAGACCCUUUCUGGAGACCCUAAGUGAAUGCUGCUACUUUGCCUCUUUCAGUGUUAUGGAGAUCAGUUCCCAUAUUUAUCAAGCAUCUCAGAGUAGGAAAAUGGUCCUAACUGGCUCAAAAAUCUCAGAGUGACACAAAUUUGGCCCUACUCUUAGGAGUAGAAGUAGUAGUAUUUAAUUGGUUUUCCUAGUUUAGGAAAUCAUUCCAAACUUCACCAGGAUUUAGAAGAGCUCAUGAUAUGUCCUGACUCACUAGGAGCUGUCAGAAGAUGGCAUUCAGGCAGAAAUCGGCACCCACAUUCUGUGAAAAGAAGAAUAUUUUGGAAACAUUGAACAUCAAUGAACUUGUAAAAAGAUAUCGAUUUGACAGAGAUGGAAUAAUAUUCGUAACAAAUUGUGUAUGUUACAAGAUUGCUCCAUGUAUGUGGAGAAGCCAAUGUGCUGUCAGCCAAAAUGAAAGUAGCAAUGAUUUGGGCAUGUCACAACCAACCAUUUCUAGAAUUUAGUACCAAACUUUGACAUCCUUACAAUGCUUGAGGUAAUACACAGCUUUAUAAGUUUCUCCACCACUCAACAUGCGGCAAUGUUAAAGUAAAUUGCAUUAUUUCAAAUCUCUGGUUUUUCUGGAGUUGUUGGUGUGUUUGCUGUUACACAUAUAAGAAUCAUUGCCCCUAUUGUGGAUGAGCAUGCAUAUGUGAAUUGCAAGCUGUAUCCAACCACAGGGGAAGCACAAACCAGUGUGUUUCUUCACACCGGUCCCAAGCCCGGAUAAAUGCGGAGGGUUACAUCAGGAAGGGCAUCCGGUAUAAAAUUUUGCCAAAUCAAUAUGUGGACAACAAUACAAAUUUCCAUACCAGACCGGUCGAACCCCGGGUUAACAACGACCACCACCAGUACUGUUAGCCAACAGGGUGCUGGCAGAAAUUGGGCUACUGUUGGCCGAAGAAGAAGAAGGAUGGGUGUAACAGAGCAAGAUGCAGAGGACAGAAAGAUAUGGAUGAAGAUGAUCCGCUGUGGCAACCCCUAACGGGAGCAGCCGAACGAAGAAGAUCACAGUAUCAACGCACAAGAGGUCAUGGAUGCAACCAGCAUUAUUCUUUAUGUUGUUGUGAAGUGACAACAACUACGUGCAGCUAAGCACAAUAUCAUACAUUAUUAUGUUUUCCUUAUUCUUCUUCUCAUACUACUUUGAUUAGUAUUAUUACUAGGGGGCUCUGUCCCCUGCUCGCUUCGCUCACGGAAAAACCCGUUCCCCUACAGUGCUACAUGCCAUUGUGAAGAGGGGGGCUGAACACAUCCCAAGGGAAACAAUUAUUCCUCUAGAAACAAAACUUUACAUUUCAAUCCAUCUGCGUAAUUAAAAUUCUAUGUAUAGUUUUUUUAUAUAUCUAAUAAUAUACCACAUAUAAAAUUAAUUAACUUUUUUUUUAAUGUCUGAGUAACUGCUUAGUUAGAUGCAUAUACACACACACACACACACAUAUAUAUAUACUGUAUAUAUACAUACACACACACACACAUAUAUAUAUACUGUAUAUAUAUAUAUAUAUAUAUAUAUAUAUAUAUAUAUAUAUACACAAAUAGACAUUUUUGUUUCUGCCAUGUGUAAUGUUGAGGGAUUUGAGCAUACGUAUAUUGUUUUGCAUUUACAUCUGUUUUAUUAAGUUCAAAAUAAGCCAUGAAUUUUGUAUUUCUAUUUUUUGCUACCUUUAAAGCUUCUGCUUCUUCGUCCUCUUUAAAUUGAAUCAUAUUCUGACCUGGUAAAUGAAUCAUUAAUAAUUCAACAGAAUGACUUUGACUGUGCAUUGGCAAUUCCAUUAAAUGCUACCCGCUUUCCAUUGCACUGAUGUACCGAGUAUCUAAAUAUGAUAUAUACUUUGUCCUGAGACUGUUCUUUGGAUAAAGCUAUGGGUACUCUAUCAUGCCCUUUAUGAAUGUACUUGUAGAUUUACUUAAUACUCAUUUCCGACGCGCAAUACUCAACAUAAUAUGACAAUCGAAUCAUUUGAGCAAAUACGGGUUAUAUGGUACAAUCAUUGAAUUAUCGAUCAUCACAAUUUUACCAUCUUUCUUUCCGUGAUAAGUGUGCUCUUCGUGACGAUUAUCUCUUCAGCGAUAAUCAGGAAAGCCAGCCUUAGUCAUAUAUGUUGAUUGAAUGAACGUUUUUGGAAAUUUCUUUAAACACUUUUUCUCUUUUGAGUCCCAACAUACUGAAUCUUUUAAAUGUAAUCUGUGAGACAUGAGUUUAGUGACUUUGUACCAUAAUUCAGGAUAGGUUUCUCUGUUUGGAAUUUUAGCACAGACAAGGUGAUCUACAUCAUCAGCAGUUAAUAAUUUAUUUUGCAAAGUAACCAAUAAAUGCAUGUGAGGUAGAUCCCAUUUUUGAAAUUCGAUCGUGUAAAUGUAUGCUCUGAUUUGACCAAACACCGAUUCUAUUCUAUGUAGCAUUGCUUCUCCAUGAUCAUAAAUAUACAUAGACCAUUGUGGUUUCUUCAAAAUUAAACCUGUCAUAGCUUUAAUUGUUGCGGGACCACAGAUUCUCAUAGCGCAUGGUCCAUGCUUCUUUUAACAGUAAUUCAGACGGUGGGAGUCCGGACUGUGUUAACACUUGUAGAUAUUCUACGGGAUAUUGUAAGUUGAUGUUUUCAUCUUCCACACUAUCAGCACUAACUGCUUCAGCAUAGUCUAUUGAUACACAUUUAACCAAUUUGGCAUGUAAUUGUUCUACAAUUUUCGUGUUAAUUCUUUUGACUUCAUCGUUUCACGUGUGGUCCUGAAUCGUGUAAAUCUACAUUUUGAGCAUUGAAUGAUGCAAAUGCAAAAAGAUUAUUGUAGACUUGGAUAUUUUGCCUGUAGUGUUUGUGGAUUUCACUUUCACCAAACAACAAAUCUUUUAAUUCUAGCAGAUAUGCCUCUUCAUUGGGAGGCAACACUACUUUUCCCUGAUGGCAACAGGAAUUAGACGAUCUACAAAUCUCCGACUUAAACUUUAAAGCCUUACAAUAUCUACAUACUUCUGACAUAUCACCUAUGUCCAUAUAUUCAAUCUCUUUUUGCUGUUCCAUUAUUUCACCCAGUAAUAAUUUCCGUUUGUGCUAAUGCAAUCUUUAUCUUUUUUUUGAUACUUUCGAUUUUUCCUACGUUCAUAUUCUUUAACCUGCACUGCAUGUGUAUCGCGCCAACGUUUUUGAACAUCAUUAUGAAGUCUUUUAUUUCUGACCCGGAUUUGACCUAUGAGCUUUUCAAUUCCACUUGGUCCGGGCUGAUUAUAACUUUCCUUAUUUUCUGAAUUGGCACAGAGAUUACUAUUCUCUUGUGCAUCCUUUUUUGCCUUCUUUUCUCUCCAGCGCUUUUGUGUCUCUUUUCGAGGCGCUGCUCUUUCUUCUUCGCUUAGUCAUUCACGUGCCAUCUAGAAUAUAUAACAUUUUUAAGAGCUGGGAGCACAUGAAGUGUGUCUGCCAAAAGCAUUCCAACAACUACGAGGUUAGAUGUCCAUGAACUUGUUUUAAAUUGUUUGUAAGUAGGGCGUGACGUGCAAAAGUCACCGUCUCAUGGGUCUUGCUUCCUAAGGUUAUAAUAUCUAGUCUUGCAGGACUUCAAAGUGUCUCAUCGAGAGGAUCACAUCUCAACCCAAGAGUUUUUUAUGUAAUAGAUAGAUAUGUAUUCACUUUAUGGUAAAACGUUAGCAUUUGCAGCUCGGGAUGCCAUAAAAUGUCAUUCAUUCACAAGCAUGGCCUCCUACUUCCUGCUGGGAGUGUGAGUAGGAUGCUUCAUAACUACUUAUCAUGUCCUCUUUUGCGGUUGGACAAAUUCUCAUCCUAUUCAGAAUUUUACUGCAAUUCCUGGGAGUAAAACUGAGGUGUUUAAUAAAUGUGGGCAUAGGUGUAUAAGCUCUGCGGCUUUAAAAAGCGAGCACUACUAGGUGGCCUUAAAAGCUACCCUUGUAAAAUGACACUGAAAUGGGUGGAAAAAGCAAAAGUUAUGAGAAAAAGUGGGAAAGAAACAUAAAAAGUGGAGACGGAAACAGAAUGUAAGCCUAGUGAAAGCAGGCAGCUGCCCUUGAAUUUAGUGCUUAAGUAUGUCCCUGUACUGGGAGAUGGUGUGCCACAGUGACUAGCACUGCUGCUUCACAGAUCAGGUGUCCUGGGUUUGAAUCUCAUGACUGGUCAUGGCCUUUUUCGUGUCUUUUCUUAUCUGCCAGAUGUGUUUUAAGUUAGUUUGUGACUCUGAAUUGGCCAAGGGUGGCAUAGGCCCUGCUGAGGAUUGGUUCCCCUGUCUAUGGCAGGAUGGUUGCCUUACAUGUUCUACUGCUGGGAUAGGUUAGCUUCUGGCCCCUCAGUGACCCCUAACUGAAUUACGUGAUUUUUAUGCACUGUUAUGUCCCUGCAGGUCGGGAUUGUUGUGUUGUGUUGUCAGCUCUGAUUAAUCCUUCCCUGAGCAAUGGUGAAAGGAUGGCCAUUUUACCACCGUUAAUUCAUACAGAAGCUUUCACAAUGAGCACUGUGGUGCAAUUUAACAGAGUAGCUUGCAAGGCAAAACUCAUCACAGUAUAGUAGAAGUCAAGAUGUAUGCUUAUUAUUAUUACAUCUCCCAGGAAACAGAAAUAACAAGCUUUAAUUAGGCUUAGCAAAGUUUUAUUUGCAUUUUCCACACUGGAGUGCCCUCACAUUGAAAUGGUUUUCUUUUUAAAUGUACUACUAACUCUGUCAAAGAUGCUUUGACAUCAACAACAACAUUUAUUUAUAUAGCACAUUUUCAUACAAAAAGUAGCUCAAAGUGCUUUACAUAAUGAAGAAAAGAAAAAUAAAAGACAAAAUAAGAAAUUAAAAUAAGACAACAUUAGUUAACAUAGAAAGGAGUAAGGUCCGAUGGCCAGGGUGGACAGAAAAAACAAAAAAAAACUCCAGAAAGCUGGAGAAAAAAAUAAAAUCUGUAGGGGUUCCAGGCUACGAGACCUCCCAGUCCCCUCUGGGCAUUCUACCUAACAUAAAUGAAAUAGUCCUCUUUGUAGUUAGACAUGAAGCUAUUUGGAGAGAGUGAGACUUUUGGUAACACUUUAGUUUAGGUACUGCAAAAAAUACCUCUAUUACUCAUUUACUGUUCAUGUGACAAGACAGUAACUAAAGCUUCUUUUGGUCUUUGUAACAUUUACAAAGCGUCAGUGGCCAUUCAACUUUGUGCAGCGUGGCAUAUUGACAUGCAGGUAAAAUUGUUAAUUUGAAGAAUUCACAGGUCUUAUACUCAAAUACAGUAUGUAAUAUCAAGAGAAUCAGGCAAGCCACCUCAGACCAUUCCAAAGUGAAGUUAUUUUAGUAGCCCCUAUUGCAGAGAUGAAUAAACACUUAAUUGAUGCUUUGUUCGGUAAGUGCCAUUAAGACCAAAGGAAGUGUUUGUUACGUAACAGUAAGUGAGUAAUAGCUGCAUGUUUGCAGGACCUAAACUAAAGUGCUACCAUACUUUUAAUUUAGUAUUUCAUGAAUAAUCAUCACUCUGCCCACCAGCUAAAACAACAUCAUCACAUUUUAUAGGCCCCUUCCAAAGUAAACAUCAUGCCAAAUUACUUUGCAUUUACAGUAUUGUGUACUUGUUUUUAUUUUUUAAAACUGGAGGACUGGCAGAUAAAGUGGUUCACUCAGGUCACACAUUGAGUUUAUGGUGAAAUUGGAAACCCGGGGCCAUGCAGUUUAAAGACUACUUAUCCUGUAAGCCACACUGCCUGCCAAAGUCAAGACAGGGAUGUCAUCCUUUGGCGAAGAUGAUGAAAGGUGGCCUAACUGGAAGUCUGUAUAGUGGAGUACAAAUCCUUUAAACAUGUGAGUACCUGUGGAGGAAACAACUCUGCUCUGCCAUGUGUCCAGCAAGCAACCCACAGGAACGCAGCUGCCCACUUAUUUAGCAGACAUGCCUGCAGUUACGAAGCACAUUUUUUACACUGUGCCAUCUUGUGUUACAGAUAUGGGUUUGUUCAUUUUAUGGUGAUUCUGUGGGGUGUUUUGUUCACAAAGAUCCUUAAUACAGCUUUGUUUUCAUGUGACAUUAGCCAGUCAAACAACAGGGAGGUCACUCUUUCUUAAGAACUUAGCUGGAAUGAAAACCAGCCACCCUACUGCUGUCCACCAGGACCUGUGUUCUCUAUCCCCAUUUUGAAAAAUCCUUUAUUUCUCAUUUUUACAUUUUCAGAGUUUAGUUUUCCAGUGAAUACAGAGAGCUAGAUCAGUGGCCUGACUCUGUGUGGCUGUCAUUUCUGCCUUCCUGCUUCUCUAACCCCCGGAAGCUCCUCUUCGAUGAGUUCCUUUAUAAUAAGCACUUUAUGGUUGUGUUUUUUUUUUCUUUUUAAGAAAAUAUUUUGUGUGUGUGAUUCAAACUGUGCUCCUGUUUGGAUUCUGGUUUGUAUACUGAGUUGUAAAUUAAAAUGAAUCUCUUCCAUAUGUGCGUGUGUAAGUCGGACUUACUUAACAAAGUCUGAGAGAAGCCAGUGUACCUCCAUUUACAGAUGCGCUGGGCUAUCCAUCAUUUGAAGACUUUCUUUGUGAAAUAAAAGAAAACUAAGCUUUCA